ACUGGAAUAUUUUGUCUGGCGGACAACAUUACUGCACGCGAGACAAACCGGAAUUUUUUUGUAGAAACACAAAAUUUUCAUUUGCAAACCACAAAAUUUUCAUUUCAUUGCAAGUUCGCAAUGACGGGCAGUGAAAAUGAGAAAUCUCCAACCGAACAAGACAAACCUAAACAUUUGUGGAUGGUGAAGCCCUGCGAGCACUACAAAGAUGAGUACAGCGACUGUCGCAGUUUUAAAGCGCGUUUUCACCAAUAUUUCGUCGCUGGAGAAAUGACUGAUUGUUCCGGAUGGAAAAGUGAUUUGGACAAUUGCUAUAAAUGGGAAGGGAAACAAGAUCUGGAAGCCGCGAAUAAUAUAAUUGAAAGUGAGAAAGGACGGGUUCGACAACGCCUUCAGGGACAUUACAACAAUGACAUUUGGCAGCCAAGAAAGGUCCCAUUGUCCGAAGCAGAAUGGAAACCACCACUCCCCCCGUCCAUCGAAAAAGGCUAUGAGGCCUCAUUCCUACAAUUAAAGGCGGAUGGAAUUAAAUCUGGCGAGGAAACUUUGGGCGACGUCGAUGAAAAUAUUAGAACCGGGGCGGGUGGAAUGUUAGAUUCAGAACAGUCAUCUUAUUGUUGUAUAGUUUGAUAACUAAUAAUUUAUAAUAAGCUCAAAUUUGUAAAAGUAGGGUAUAGAUUGAUACAGAUUACCGAGUGCAAAGUAGAAUUUCUAGUCGAUAUUACGUAGGCACAUAAUAUUUGGCAUGAUAUAAAGUAGUCGUGGCGUGUUGAAUAGUGAAAUGGAGGGUAAUUUGUCAAUCCUGUUGACACUACUUACGUCUACAUUAGAACGCAAAUUGUAUUGUUAUUUCACAUUUUUCAACAACUAAAUAGUAAAUAUGCGAACGUUAGAAUUCUUGCAAAUUACAAGUUGUAAUAGUAAAGGGAAACCAGUUUUCGGGACUAUAUAACACACAACAAGGACGGCAUAUUAUAUCCGCUCUAGAUAAUUGCAAGUUUCCCUUAAAGUGUUGCUGUUUUGAUUUUUGUAACAAACUCGUUGCAAUUUCACUUUCACUCUUUGAAAUCUUUCAAGUUCGUGACAUUGAGAAGAAUGAAUUAAAAAAGAUUGUAUGCAUUUCAACUUUUGCUUUUGGUGUGACCACAUCGUCAUCCUGUAUAAUAUUUACAUGCAAUUAAAUCGAUAUUAUUACCAAG